GUUAUGAUCACGUUCUAUCGGGCCUACACGGCGGUCUAUACCGAUACGAUCAUCACAAAUAUCACGCGGCCUCACAGGUUGAGGCGUACAGACAAGGUACAGAUAAUAACCUUGGUCAUCCACUCCCAACGGAUCACCUUAUCGUUGGUCGAGUAUCACGGGCCUAUUGUAUUAGCGGGCAUGGAACGCCGCCUUAUAAAUUACUCACACGCAGGGCAUGAACCUCCUAGUCUCUCCUGGCCGGAAGGAGACCAACGGAGAAGCACAAGAGUAGUCGUUAUUGAGAGAGACGACUUAGAGAAUACCUACAGAUACAUAUUCGGUAUUCUCACGCCCUACCUCCUAAAGUAG